AUGAGCGAACAAGUCAUCGUCAUCGGCGGCGGCCUCGCGGGCCUGUCCGCCGCGCACACCGUCCUCGAGCACGGCGGCCGCGUCCUUCUCCUGGAUAAGUCCCCGUUCCUCGGAGGCAACAGCACGAAGGCGACGUCCGGCAUCAACGGCGCGCUGACGAAGACGCAAGCCGCGAAAGGGAUUCAAGACUCCGCGGACAAGUUCGAGCAGGACUGCUUGAAAGGCGCCGCGGGGGUCGGGCACACGACCCCGCCCGCGCACACGGUGCCGCUCGCGAAGGUUCUCGCGCAAGGAAGCGGCAGUUCCGUGGACUGGCUCCAGGACAAGUUCAAGCUCGACCUGUCGCUCGUCUCCCAGCUCGGCGGCCACUCCUACCCCCGCACGCACCGAGGCAAAGAGCGCUUCCCCGGGUUCACGAUCACCUACGCGCUCAUGGAGGCGCUCGAGAAGGUGAUGGAGGACACCGACGGCGAGCUCGCGAAGAUCGUCACGAAAGCCGAGGCGAAGAAGCUCCUCACGGACGCCCACGGCGCGGUCGUCGGCGUGGAGUACGUCAAGGGCGGGGAGACGCACAAGGCGAUGGGUCCGGUCGUCAUCGCGACGGGCGGGUACGGCGCGGACUACACCGGGUCGUCUCUCCUCGCGCGUCACCGCCCCGAGCUCCAAUCGUUGCCGACGACGAACGGCGAUCACUGCACCGGGGACGGGAUCAAGAUGGCGGAAGCGAUCGGCGCCGGCACGGUGGACAUGACGUCCGUGCAGGUGCACCCGACCGGUCUCGUGAACCCGUCCGAGCCGGAAGCGAAGGUGAAGUUUCUCGCGGCGGAGGCGCUGAGAGGCGUCGGCGGCGUCCUCCUCGACGGAAACGGCAAGCGCUUCUGCGACGAGCUCGGCCGGCGCGAUUACGUCUCCGGGGAGAUGAACAAGGGGAAAGGCCCGUUCAGGUUAAUCUUGAACGGCAAGGCGUCCAAGGAGAUCGAGUGGCACUGCAAGCACUACGUCGGCCGCGGGAUCAUGAAGCGCUUCAACUCUGGCGAAGAAGUCGCGAGGGAGAUUGGCGUCUCCCCGUCCACGCUCGCGCAGACGUUCGCGGACUACAACCGCGCCGCGCAGACGCAGUCGUGCCCGUACGGGAAGAAGUUCUUCCACAACCUCCCCCUGGAGAUGAACGACACCACGUUCCACGUCGCGAUCGUGACCACGGUGGUGCACUACACCAUGGGCGGCCUCGCCAUCAACGCGGAGUCGCAAGUCGUGAACGACCGCGGCAUCCCCGUGGUCGGUCUGUACGCCGCCGGGGAGGUCGCGGGCGGGAUCCACGGCAGGAACCGUCUCGGCGGGAACUCGCUCCUGGACUGCGUCGUCUUCGGCCGCGUCGCGGGCGACUCCGUGUCCAAGCACCUCUUGUCGUCCGCUCUGAAGACGCUUCGAGCGGGCGGGCCGCUGUCCACGGACGCCGCUCUGAACCGCGUGUCGAACAUCCACGCGCACGUGAACCCUAACAUGCGCAUCGCGGUCGAGCCCAUGGAGGGUGGGAAGCAGGGCGUGCACAUCAACGUCCAGCUCGACGCGGCCGGAGGCGGCGGCGGCGGCGGCGGCGCGAUGUUCUCGCCCCCCGCGGCCGCCGUCGACCACGGCGCCGCGCGACCGGCGCCGCCUCCGAUGGCUGCGAAAGCUCCAGCCCCCGGCGGCGGCGGCGGCGCGAGGACGUUCACCGAGGACGAGAUCACGAAGCACAACGCGGAGGGCGACUGCUGGUGCAUCAUCGAGGGCAAGGUGUACGACCUCACGAGUUUCUUGCCCGACCACCCGGGCGGGAAGAAGGCCAUCAUGCUCUUCGCGGGGAAAGACGCGACAGAGGAGUUUAACAUGCUGCACCCGCCGAACGUGAUCAAGAAGUACCUUCCCCCGGAAGCGCUUCUUGGGACCGUGGCGUGA